GAAGAGUACGCUUUCAGAAGAGAAUGGGGUGACAGGGAAAAGAUUGCGAAUGUGAAAGGAGCAUGAAUGUACAAGAGGGGGAUUGAAGGAGUGGUGGCAGGUUGCACAAGAUGGAGGGUAUGCAAGGUGAGACUAUGGAGAGACAUGGGGGAAUUCCCAAGGGAUGAUGUGGAGGAUGACUUGAGGUUCGAUGAGACCAAUCUGGAGGACUUUGUUGAGAGUUUGCAGUUGGCCGCUGAGAGGGGCAAAUGGAGCGAGGAGGAAAGGCGAAAGCAGUUGAUCACAAGAUCAGACAAAGACGAAAAGGAACAAGUAAGAGGAAUUGUGGAAGGAAGUCGGACCUGGAAAAGGAUAACGGCAGAAUUGUGGAUGACGUACACCCAAUCCAGGCAAGAUCAGAUAAAGAAGGAAAGACUGCAAAAGAAGGGGCUAUGGAUUGGAAGAGAAGCGACUGAGCCGCAGGAGAAGAAGGAAGAGAAUGAAGAAAAGGAUAAUGUACCUCUGAAAAAGUUGAAGAACAAGGCGAGGGUCUCCCCCAAAAGCAGCAGCAAGGAAUCUGAGCAGCCUGAAGGAGAUGAACAAGAAGAGGAGGAGACAUCAGAGGAGAGGAAAAGAAGCAUGGGGGCCAGUAUGAUACCAAGGAAGAAGAAACUUGGAAAGAAAAUGGCAAUUGAGAGUGGGAGAAGAGAGGUACAAGAAAGGGUGAGUGAAGAAGGGGAAGGAGUAGAAGAAGUUGAAAAGGGAAGGAAGGUCCAGGGAGGAGUCAAGGCUCCCAAGGUCAAGAGAACUGAGGGAAAGAGGCUGAUUGGGGAUAAGGAAGAGACAAGUGGGAUAGAAAAGAAGGAAGAUGGGAAGGAUGACCAAGUGGAGAAGUUGAUGAGAGAUAUGGAAGAAAUGAGGAAGGAAGUGAGGGAAUUGAAGAAAGAGAAGGAGGAAUUGCAAAAAGAAAUGAACCAAUUGAGGGUCACCCUGAAUGUGCGGAGCAGAGAACUGGAAGAGGAAGUGGCCACAAGAAGUAAGAUGGAAAUAAGGGUGGAUGGUCUGGUUUCUGAGGUCAGUGUGUUAGGGCAGGACUUUGACAGUGAAAUUUCAGAAAGAAAGAAGUUGGGACAAGAGUGGGAGAAAAGAUGGGAAGAGAUAUUGAGAAGAAUGGAGGAAUCCAGAUUGAGCCAACAAGGGAAAGAGAAGAAAGCCACAGAGAUGGUGGGAAGAAAAGAGGGUGAAGAGAAGGGAGCACAAACUUAGGAGAAGAAAGAGGAGCCUCUUGCACCCGAAAAGAAAGUAAGUGAGAGUGUGGCUAUGCUUAUGUCAGGACAAGGUAAAAGGCAAAGGGAAUCCCAGUUAGACUCACCAAAGGUGGCUGAAGAUCAGGCUGAGAUUUCAAUCCAGCCAGACAUAAAGAGAAUCAAGCAUGGCAUGAUUG